AUCCUCUCCAAAAUUAGGAAACCCUUCUUGUUAAAUAUCCCCCAAACGCACAACACUUCUCAUUCACAGUCUCCCUAACUCUCCUAAUCAAAGCAUGAAACCAUCUUCUUCGCUCUCGCACAUUGCCAAGAGGUUACAGGGCAAAGUAGCGUUGAUAACCGGCGGCGCGAGUGGGCUCGGCGCCACCACCGCAAGGCUCUUCGUCCACCACGGCGCCAACGUCAUAAUCGCCGACAUCCAAGACGAGCUCGGUCGAGCCGUCUGCACCGAUAUCGGCGCCGAUUACGUCCACUGUGACGUCAGCAACGAAAGCCACGUCCAAAACGCCGUCAACACGGCCGUCUCCACUCACGGCAAGCUUGACAUCAUGUUCAAUAAUGCCGGCAUCCCUGGCAAACCCGACCCGAGAAUCUCGUCAACCGAAUAUCAAGAUUUCAAGAAAGUUUUCGACGUUAAUGUCUACGGUUCUUUCUUGGGUGAACAUGCAGCUCGAGUCAUGGUUCCGGCCGGGAAAGGUGUCAUCUUGUUCACCUCGAGCGCUUCGGCUCUGAGCUUCGGACACUGUGCUCAUCCUUACACGGUGUCGAAGCACGCGGUAGCUGGGUUGACGAAGAAUCUGUGUGUGGAACUGGGAGAGUAUGGGAUUAGGGUUAACUGUAUCUCGCCGUUUGGGGUGGCGACUCCGAUGCUGAGCCGUGUGUUGGGUGGGAUAGAGAAUGCGGUGUUGGAGGAGUUCAUAGCUUCGAGUGCGAAUUUGAAAGGGGAGGUGUUGGAAGCCAUUGAUGUUGCAGAGGCAGCUUUGUAUUUGAGCAGUGAUGAGGCGAAGUAUGUGAGUGGGGUGGACUUGGUGGUCGACGGAGGUUACUCCACUACUAAUACAAGUCUUAGAGAGAAGGUGAAGACUUUAAUUAAACAAAAAUAAUUUAUUUGGUAAUUAACCAUAUAUAUAUGUCUACACGAUCUAUCUAUUUUACUAUUUUGAUUACUUAAAUAAAUGUGUGUAUCUAUCUAUGUAUAUACACAAAUAUUAAUAACUGGGUGUUAUUUAAAACUAUAUGUAUAGAGAGAGCAUAGUGAAUGGAUUUGGAGGUGAUGGAUUGAAAAUUAUAUAUUGUGUAAAACCUUAUUGUAAUGGUACUGUGUAUCUUUUACUUGUA